UCUACCGCCAUCAACCCCUAGGUUUUUUCUUAUCUCUGAUAGAUACAUUUAGAACCUGUAGGAGACAGUUCGCGAUUGAAGAUAGCUGCAUGAAAAAACUAAAGGAGAUGGAACCAAUUCCUCCGUUCGAGAAGGAGGAUUUCGUAUGCCAGACCUGUGGUAAUGAAGGAUUCACCAAUGCCUUUGUUUACUGCGUGAAGUGUUUGGAAUUUGUCAUUCACAGAUACUGCUUAAAGGUAAUACCUAAGACAUUCACUAAGUGUGUCAUUUGGUAUUGUGAAAGUUGCAAACCACCAGUUCAAAAUCAAGUCACUUCACCCCAAGUUACAUCUUCACCACCCCAGAAAAAUGAAGUAAAGACAAACAUUGAUCCAAUAUUGAGUGAAAGUUCAUCCUCAGACUCCGAUUCAAGUUCCAGUUGUUCCAAUAUGAAUGAAUUUGAUGAAUGGGAAGCACGGAUUGCUCAACAAAAUCAACACAUUAAUAGGAUCAUUGAUGACAUGAUCAUAAGCUAUCCCAGUGUGAUCCUAAGAGGAGAUAAGCCUUUUAGGUCUUCUUGUGAUGGUGAAAACUGCAAAACAACAGAGUCAGUAGUUCAUCAUAAGAAGAAGAAGAAAGAAAAGAAAGAAAGGGAUAUUGCUUCUUUAAUAGCAGAGACAAAGGAGGUUCUUUUUCACCCUUUACUAGAGAAAAACCUUACAAACAAGAAAAAAGAACACGAAGUUUCUCAAAUGCCAAAUUUUGAGAAUAAUGUACAAGAAGAAGAUAAUUAUUAUAAACAUGCACAACCAAUCCUCGAUCCAGUAUGGAGGGGUAGCAUCAAGGUCCUAGGAACAGAUUAUGAUGAUUUAUUUGAAGGAUUUGUGGGACAUUUAUCAACCAAAGCUUGUGGUAAAGUCUUUGAAGAAGCAAAUAUGAUGCCAUCAUUGCUUAUUCUUGAAAUGCAUCCCAAGACUUUCUUAUGGCCAAAAAGUUUCCAAGAUUGUGAGCCAUCUGAUGAUCAUGUAGCCCUCUACUUUUUUCCAGGAGACCCAAUAAACGAAAGGGCUUUUGAUCAGCUGGUGCUAGACAUGAUGGAUGAAGAGCUUGCAAUGCGAGGCGAAGUGAAAAAUGCAGACCUUUUGAUUUUCACUUCUGCUGCUCUGCCUCCGUUUUUCAGGAGGUUUCAAGGGAAGUACUAUCUAUGGGGUGUUUUUAGAGCCAAAAGGAACGAGCCAAUUGAUCCUAGUGUUUUGAAUAACACCGAUAAGUGUACUUUCAAUUUUUUUUCUUAUUAAGCCAUUGUGUUGAUAUGGAUCCAGAAUCUGAAGAUCAACCGAUUUGAUGGGAAAAAAAUUGUUGGUGGAAAUGAUUGAAAGAAAAGAGUUAUUGAUUUUGAUGUCAUUAUUGAGUAUAGAAAAUUGUAAAUUUCUUGUACAUAAUUGGUCAUAGGUUUCAGUAACAUUUACGUUUUUUUGGUUUUUGGGUUAAAUUUAAGAAAUGGAAAUAUACUUUUUUUGGGUUAAAUGUAAGAAAUGGAAGCCAAGCUAGUCUCUUUUUGGUAACCUACCUUAUAUAGACUAAUUAUUGUCA